AUGGCUUCCUCGAGGUUAUCCGCGCCGAUGCGGGGCGUCACACUGCAAUUGAGUAGACUUUCAAUACGGCAGAAUGCUUUGUGCACUCGUUGCGCCAAAUCUCUAUGCACACCCUCUGCCCGCUCCAUAACUACGUCUGCGCCAGUCAAUGCCACGAUAUCAACAAUCAGACAAUCAGGCGCCGACUAUGUCCCCGUCAAACCAUUUGAGGAGCAGACCAUCUUGGCGACUAUCCACCAAUUCCCCUCACUGGAGCCGCUACGAUUCGAACAAUAUCCUGCAAAUCACCUCUACCUGCCUACCCGACGAGACAUACUACAUCGUGCUGUCAUCUAUGAGGGUGACAUGACCCGAUUGGGAACUGCCUCUACGAAAACCAGACAUGAGAUCCGCGGUUCAGCAAGAAAGGUUCGGCCACAAAAGGGUACAGGUCGCGCUCGUCUAGGAGACAAGAAGUCGCCAAUGUUGAGAGGAGGUGGAGUCGCAUUCGGUCCCAAGCCCCGCGAUUUUUCGUCAGACCUGCCAAAGAAGGUAUACGACCUUGCAUGGCGGACAGCACUGUCAUAUCGCUUUAGAAAGGGCGAACUCAUCAUCGUUGACAAUGCCAUGGAGAUUGAAAGUCCCUCGACAAGAUUACUGAGCGAUAUCUUCAAGCACCACGAGAAGCUGCGGGGUAAAGGCCGUAGCUUGAUGGUGACUUUGGAGGAGCGACCGUUGUUGGAACAAGCGCUCGUUGAAAUGGACCGCGGCGAGCAAACUCUCACAUGGGAGGAAGUUGACGUCAAGAACCUGCUGGAGCUCUCUCGCGUUAUCAUUGAGCGCGACGCUUUGCACAACAUUCUUCUUUCCCACGAAGAAGACCUCACUCACAAGGCUCUCCAGCCAUGGCACAAGAGCCUCAUCCGAUCAUCACCCCCUUCAGAACUCGAAUCCGUCAUCGGCUGGGAAGAAUUCCGCAACCUCUCCCUCGCUGACCCCAAAGAAAAAGAGGCAAUCCGCGCCGAAGCAUACGAAGACACAGCAACAAGACGUUACGCUGAAGCCGAAAUCCUCCCCUCGGGCCCCAAGCGCACAGAACUCACCAUCUCAGCCUACAACCUCCUCGCCGAAGCCAAGGAAAUUCAGUUCGCAGAGAAGACCGGUCAAUCGUUUACUGACUACCUCGACCACGGCGAGCCCGACCGCUUCCCCCGCAUCCAAACCCUGAACUACCAAAUCAACAUCAAGGACGACAUUGUCAACACCGCUGCUGAGACAUCUCGCCAAAAAGCAGAGGAACUCAUGAUCGAAAUGCGCCAGCUUGAAGUAGAGAAACUAGAAGUCCAGUAUGAAGCUGCACUACUUGCCGCACAGGUCCACGAGCACCGCGUCGAGGCUCUUCGUCUUGGCGGCGAGCUGGAAAAGGCAGAAGAGCUACUGGAAGCAGCUAGCAUCGAGAGGACGCAUGUUGAUGAUGUCGAAGUGGCUUUGUUGGAAGCGCAACUCGAGGUUGCAAAGCAGAAGUCUGUUGUCGCGAAUCUGAACGGUAAAUUCGCGGCAAAGCAAAAGGCGCAAGAGGAGAUUCGGGCGUGUGAUGAGGCACUUGCGGCAAAGAGGGCUGAGAUCGAGGCUGAGAGUGCAGAGAAUGUUGAAGAUGUGGAUGCAGUUGAGACAGGGAAGGAAGAAAAGAGGAUAUAG